CACUGCUGCAAGCGAAUGCCAAUUCACGAGCUGACGUGUUGAGCUGCGGGUAAAAAUAAAAUAAAAUUUAAAUAAUGCAAAUACAGUUUAUUUUACUAUUGCUGGCCAUUGUGCCCGUCGUGCUGUCAAAGAAGUUCAAGGAUGGUGAAAAACCUGAGUGGGCUAAGAAGGAUAUACGGGAUUACAGCGAAGCCGAUUUGGAGCGUCUGCUUGACCAAUGGGAUGAAGAUGAGGACCCACUUGCGCCAGACGAGCUACCAGAGCACCUGCGCCCACAACCAAAGCUAGAUUUAUCAAAUUUAGAUAGCAAAAACCCCGAAGAGCUGCUCAAAGUAUCUAAAAAGGGGCGCACGCUGAUGACAUUUGUUUCGGUCACCGGCAAUCCCACCCGAGAAGAGGGCGAACAGAUCACAAAGCUAUGGCAGACCAGUUUAUGGAAUAAUCACAUACAAGCGGAACGCUACAUGGUCGACGACAAUCGAGCAAUAUUCCUGUUCAAAGAUGGAGCCCAGGCCUGGGAGGCAAAAGACUUUUUAGUGGAGCAGGAACGUUGCAAGGGCGUUACCAUCGAAAAUAAAGAAUAUCCUGGCGUACAUGUUAAGGACGAAUUAUAGUUGUAUCUAAGCACUCCAAGCUACAUACAUUCUCAAUGUAAAAGUAUUUAUUAAGCGCAAAAUGAACAAAUUGAAGUCACCAAAUGGAAAAUUAUGAA